GAAUAGAAACCCAAAUCCAAAACACCAAAACACCAAACCGCCCCGAAAACGCGACGACCCGACACCACCUCCACCUCCUCUCCUCUCCUCCCUUCCCGAUCCCUGCUGGCUAUUAUCCACCGUCCGUCUCCCGUCCGCGCCGCGAUCGCACGCCCCAAAACCUACGCUGAGCCGACCAAGACCGGGCACGGUUACGGACGGCAGCAGCGUCAACCCGAUGGUGGUGCUGGCGGUGGGUGGGGGCUGCGGCGCCGGCGCCGGCGCCGGUGGGUGGGGGACAUGGGAGGAGCUGGUGCUGGGCGGCGCCGUGCUCCGCCACGGUGGCGCCGCCUGGGCCGCCGUCGCCGACGAGCUCCGGUCACGCUCCCCUUGCGCCUUCUCGCCCGAGGAAUGUGAAACAAAAUUUGCAGAGAUACAAUCACGCUACUCCGCAUGCAAUGCUUGGUUCGAAGAGCUCCGCAAGCAAAGAGUCGCUCAAUUGAAGAGGGAAUUGGAGAAGUCUAAAAAUUCUAUUGGAUCCCUCCAAUCUGUGAUUGAAAGCCUCAGCAAUAGCAAACAUGGUGAUGGCAGCUCUGAAUGCCGCACAAGUCACACUGAAUCAUGUUCUCCCUCUGAAAAUACAGCUGAUACUAAUUCAUCAAGUAAAGAAUUGUCCAGAGACAGAUCAUCUGAGGCUAGUUUCACAGAGGAAGCAAGCAACUGUCAGAAAUCUCAGCAACUGCAACGGUGUGAUACUGAUUCAAUUCAAGCAAACAAUACAUCACCAGAGGAGUCAUUUUUAAAGGCCCAAGUUGAAAAGGUCUGUACCAAAGAUAGUUUGCUUUGGGGCUCUAGAAAGCAAAGGGGAGCAAGGGUUAGAAAGAUUCUUCCAAAAGGUGAUGAUAGUAGUAGAGAUGGUGAGCCUACAUCCACAGCAUGCAUAGAGAGGGAGGGUUCCUCUGGAGGCUGCAUGAAGGACUUGAAAACUCCAAAUGUUGAAUAUGGUGCGAUGAAGAAGGGUUUGAAAACUCCCAAUGUGGAAUCUGGUGUGACAAAGAAGGGUUUGAAAACUACAAAUGUAGAAUCUGGUGUUAUGAAGAACAGCUUGAAGACUCCAAAAGUAGAAUGUGGCGUGUCUGUGAUUGAGAGAGAGAAACUGAACUUGGCAGAGAUUUUGAAAACUAUAUCCACUCAAGGUGACUGUUUAAUGUUGCAACGUCAAGUUGAUACCCAGAGGAAAGGAGCUAGAUAUAAGAAGAUGAUUCGCCAGCAUAUGGACUUCCGGAUCCUUCACUCUAAGAUCAAGAGUGGGGCAAUCUCUUCUACCCAGGAGCUCCUAAGAGACAUGCUCCUUUUCGUGAGUAAUGUCUUGGCCUUCUACCCAAAGGCUACACUGGAGCACAUGGCCGCAGUUGAACUUCGUGACCUUGCAUCCAAAACAGUGAAGCAGAGUGCAAGCUUCGUCUCCCAGAGCCGUGGAGCUACAGGAACAGCUAAUGCCCCUGUAGCGAAGAAGAAUGUUCGAGCCCUGCAGCCUGGACGCCAUGGACCUGGUGAUGCAAAGGGAAGCAAUGUUUCUUCAAGGGACGCUACUUCCAAGCAGGGUGAGGGCAAGGACUCUCGUAAUGAUGCAUCACUGGCAGCUAAUGUAAAAACUGUCCGGAAAAGUGAACCAGCCAAGAAGAGAGGUGUCGGUCGGCCUCCAAAGAGUGGGCCUCCGAAGAGGAGUGCUGGGGCACAGGAAGAUGGUCUCAGCAAAGGCAAGAAGAGGAUCCGGCGGUGACCCUAACACCGGCUCAACGCCUUGGACAGGCAAAACUGUGUACAGCUUAACCAUAUCAUAGGCAAAAAAGCUAUGGCUCAGAGAUCAGAAUGAUGUAAUAGGAAGGGGUAGCUGUUUUUUGUUUUGUUCUGUAAGGACUAAGGACUGUUAGAGAGGAACCCUCAUAUGUAGAGAACUAGAGAUUGUCGCUUGUCCAUGUCCAAGUUAGGCUAUACUUGUCUGACUGUGUGCAAUGUUUAUAGUUUCCCGAUCAAGUAUAUGGACGUGCAGAAUUGCACCAACAGGUCUGUCUGCAUACUUGCAUGCGCGAUGCAAUUUUGUCUGAGCAAUUUUUGCUGCUCGUUAUCCGUUGU